AUUUUCCCACAAUUAUUAUUGUUCAGAAAAGAAAAGAAAAAACACUCAAAUGAAAGAUCUCACGUGCGGAACCAAACUAUGACCUUUGUCUGACCAUUGCGUUUCUCUCUCUCUCUCAAUUGUUCUAUGAACUUUUUUUGGUAAUUCUCUCUAUCCAGAAGUGGAGUUAGUAGUAAACGUUGGUCUUUGUUGUGGGUCUGAAAGUAUUAGCGUCGCUGUUUCCAAGUAAUCCUAAAUCAGUUCACAAGAAUCUGAUUUGAACAGAUUGUGAUGUUCUGUUUUCUUUCUCUUUUUUCCUUUUAAUUCUCGCAAUAUGCAAAAGUAUGAGUCUUUUUACCCGAGAAAAUAGCAGUUUUCCCGAGAAAAUAAACCAGAGGUCCCUAAAGCUAAAGCUAAAACUAAAAGCUAAAGUAGUGUGGAUUUUCUAGAUGCCAAGUUUCGUUUUUUGAGCCUUUUAAGCUCUUUUCUGGAUUUCGUUUUUCUCGUUUCGCUCUAUUCUUCGCCGAGCAAGUAAUCAUUGCCGACAACCCCCAGAAAAAUCGUAGAUUUCUUCAAUCGGCGAUUUAAAAAAUUUGAACUUUUUCUUUAAAAGCUUUGAGCUCUUUUUUCUUCGGAUUAUUUUCAAAAUGGGUCUGUGUUAUUCAGUAGAUAGGACUACUGGGAAGGAACCUGGAGAAGCAAGCUCCACCGCCACUACGGCGGAGACUGUGGAGGAGAGAUCAGGCUCCGGAAGAUGGCGGCGGCCGAGAGAUUUAAAGGGUGGCGGCGAUAUCGAAGGGAUUCCACAGGUUUUGGGUCGUUUGGUUUCGAAUGGUUCAAGUAAGAUUGCAUGUCUUUACACACAGCAAGGCAAGAAAGGGACUAACCAAGACGCCAUGCUCGUCUUUGAGGUUCGUUUCUUUUAUCUUUCCAAAAAUUCAUCUUUUUUGCAACCCAUUUGGAUUUUAUCAAUACUCAAGAGGACAAUUUCAGGGUAUUUUGGUGGAGAAAUGUUGUUCAAUGUAUGAGGAAGCUACUUGAUUUGUUUGGAUGUGUUUUGUUACAGAUCAAAUGGAUCUUCAGAACAUGAUUGCAUUAAUCUUUUGUUGCUAGUGCUUAGUAAGAGAGAGAGAAACUUGGAAUGAUUCAUCACUUUUCUGGGACCAUUACAAAGCUUAGUGCUUUGAAGAUUGAGGUGGCUUUGUUUUGCCAUUUGUGUUGUUCUUGUGCUGUCUUGAGUCUUUGACCUGUUUCUACAGGGACCACUAGUUACUUGACACUUAGAUUCUAUUUCUGCUUACUUCCUUUUGUGUUACAUUCACAUAUCAAGACAAGUUUCUAACUUAUGAAAACUACUUCACUUUCCAGAACUUUUGUUCGAGAGACGAUACAGUGUUUUGUGGUGUAUUCGAUGGACAUGGACCAUUUGGUCAUAUGGUUGCCAAGAAAGUCCGAGAUACAUUGCCCUUCACACUCUUAACCCAGUUGAAAAUGACCUCAGAGUCAGAUCAAAGCAGCUUAGUUGGUGCCAAUGGUUUUCAGAUCAAAUGUACAGAGGAAGAAGAAGUGCAGACAACUGAGUCUGAACAAGUGCAGAAAACUGAGUCUGUUACUACUAUGGAUGAGCAAUGGUGUGAGUUAAAUCCAAAUGUGAACAACGAUGAACUUCCGGAGAUGUAUCUGCCUCUUAAACAUGCGAUGCUCAAGUCUUGUCAGCAGAUAGAUAAAGAGCUGAAAAUGCAUCCAACUAUUGAUUGCUUCUGCAGCGGAACAACUUCAGUCACUUUGAUCAAGCAGGGUGAGGAUUUGGUGGUUGGAAAUAUUGGUGACUCGAGAGCCGUUCUUGCCACAAGAGACGAAGACAAUGCUUUGCUCGCUGUACAAUUAACUAUAGACUUAAAACCGGAUUUGCCAGGUGAAUCAGCGAGAAUCCAGAAAUGUAAAGGAAGAGUCUUUGCAUUGCAAGACGAGCCUGAGGUAGCUCGUGUAUGGUUACCAAACAGUGAUUCACCUGGUUUAGCAAUGGCUCGAGCUUUUGGAGACUUUUGUCUCAAAGAUUACGGAUUAAUCUCUGUUCCAGAUAUCAACUAUCGCCGCCUAACGGAACGAGACCAAUUCAUUAUUCUUGCUAGCGACGGGGUAUGGGAUGUGUUGUCGAACAAAGAAGCUGUUGAUAUCGUUGCCUCAGCUCCUAGUAGAAGCACAGCGGCUCGAGCUCUAGUGGACACAGCGGUACGAUCAUGGAGAAUCAAGUACCCAACUUCCAAGAACGAUGACUGUACAGUAGUCUGUCUCUUUCUACAAGAUUCAUCAGUAGCCAUGGAAGUCUCAACCAAUGUAAAGAAGGAUUCACCCAAAGAAGAGUCUAUAGAGAGUGUCACUAACAGCACAAGCAAGGAGGAGGAUGAGAUUGUCCCCGUUAAAGACGAGAAAAUCCCUGAGAGUUGCGGGAUUGAGUCGAAAAUGAUGACAAUGACACUUGCGGAAUGUAUCUCGGUUGCACAAGAUGAUGAAGAGUGGUCUGCUUUGGAAGGAUUGACGAGGGUUAACAGUCUCUUGAGCAUUCCAAGGUUUUUAUCUGGUGAGCUCAGAUCAACUAGUUGGAGAAAAUGGUUGUGACUUUUUUUUGACUUAAGUGAUUCUAAGUUAAUGCCGACAAAAACACUUCAUAUCACGAUGUUCCAACUUUUUUUCUUCUUCUCUUGGAAGUGAUUUGCAGAUAUAUAAUCUUUCUUGUUUAAAUUAGUCUUUCAGACAUGUGAGAGAUUGGUCAUGUUAGCUGUAGAUAAAGAUCAUAGUGAAUUGGAUCUUUUCUUGGAUACUCUCUGUCUUUAUAUUUAAUUAACUCUUAUUACUACAUGUUAGACACUUGGAAAUUGAAGGAAGUGGCUUUUACGUUUUAAUU